AUGCUUGUAAAAAUGGAAGAUUUUACCGAUAUAUCAACUGGCUUUGACCCUCUUUGCAAAGAGGAUGUUGUGGAUGGGGAAGACAAGAAGGAGAAAGAAGACGUACAGGAUGUUCAGACGGAUGCUGUGAAAGCACCUUCAACGCAAGCAUUAGAUGAUGCAGAGCAUAACGAUCACAAGGAGUUUUACGAGUAUCUUCGAGUACAUUUGGAGGCACAGAUGCCACCAGUAUCCGGCGACGGUUCUGAACGAGACAAGGUGGAGAUAUUUGGAGCAAAGGAGCUACAUGAAGAUGGUAAUCCCCAUUACCAUGUACUCAUCCGUUUUGAGCAUCGAGUACACUGGGUGGACACGUACUCCAGACUGGCAGUGCCGUUUGUGGAAGACGGGGUGAAGAAGUUAGUGUCUACUUCUAUUCGAGUGGGACAUCCACGUAAGGGGCAGCGCCAGAACUUCUACAUGAAUAGUGUCUGUGCAUACAUCCUCAAGGGCACAGGUCUUGGUACUGAUUGGGUGUUUGGUCACCGCAUCAAGGAAUUGCCAGGGGCAGGAGAGGCGAGAAGACAUCGUGAGAAUGAAGUUGCUAGGAGAGCACUGAAAUUGAAGUCGAGGCUUGAGACGAGACUCUUUCUAGAGCAGGAGGAACCUGCCAAGUGCGUAUGGAACCGUAUUAACAUGGAGAGACUGUUGUUAACUAAAGAGCCCGAGGCGAGAGCGCGGUAUACUGUUGACUAUGUACAGGCACCCUAUUAUCCUACGAAGACUAUGAUGAAGUGGAUGCAACAAAACUUUGCGAAAGACAAGCCUAAGGGGCGGCCGACGUGUCUGGUGUUGAUUGGCAACUCCAGGUUAGGCAAAACAGACUGGGCCAUGUCUAUUGGCAACCCCAUCAUGAUGGUAAAUUCCAUGGUAUUUGAUGAGAUGACAACGCAUUGCAGUCAUAUUGUGCUCAACGAUAUGGAUUUCAGGAGUUUUAAGGAGUGGAGAGAGUUCAUGGGCUGCCAAAUGAAGGUUACUAUUACUGGCAAGUAUAGGGAGGAGAAGCUGUUGGAUUGGGGGAAACCCGCCAUUUUCACUGCAACCAUGGACAACAAUCCAUUAACUAUUCCAAGAGUGGCAGAUUAUUUUAGACAAAGUGGAGGAGUAGUAGAGUAUUUGACAGAGCGACUGUUUUAGAAUGGAACACUGUAGCC